UUAAUCGCUGGCUCAGGCAUUUUGAGUUUUGGGGACGUUUUUGCAAACUUAUUUUCCUUUUCGCGUCGAAUAAACGCUCACGAGGAUGGCAUGCUUUUAUUUUGUUGUGCGUAUAAUACUAUACUGUUAUAAAAAGGUGGUGUAAACUUUGGUGUUUGUUGACAGCGAUUGUAAUUUUAUCAUAGUUCCUGGCAGCCAGAGCACAGCUCGAGUCGGACACAAUGACGGAAGCAGGGAGGGCUCUGAUUGGCUGAUCGCUCUGCGCUUGGCACAGGAGGCUGCUUCUGAUUGGGCGGUUGCCGCUUUGGCAUAAUUCCCGGGGCUGGCAGUGGCAGCCCUGCAGACUAAACAGACUGAAUGUUGCGGGAGCCAUGUUGAUGCCUGGUUCUGUGUCACAAGCUACACUUUGGACGGUCAGAAGACGGCGUCUUCAAGGCGGAAAUCCUCAGCGCCACCACCGCGAUGAAAAGAAGAAUUUGUUUUGAGAUGGUUCAAGGAGCGCCGGAGGAGAACGCUUCUUAGGUCACCGGACAGCUGAUGUGAAGUAAAGUUGAUGCUACUUAGCUUGUUAGCGGGUAGCAACAGCUGGGCGGACGGUGUGAGGGAUGCGGCGUGUGGAUUAUAAGGACAAAAUCUCUCAAGAUUGUCUUGAAAAUAUGAUUGCUCCGCUGUUUGGAGGCUCGUCCUGAAGACUUUUGGGGUUAAGGUCCCGCUAGCUGGCUAAGCUGUCUUCGUUAAGUUAGCUGCUGGCUAACGUUAGCAUGCCGACAAUUAGCUCGCAUCUCCUGUCACGACCAACUAUUUAACCGAGCGAGGGUUACUCUGUUGUUGCUUUUCUGGUGGGACACCGCACUGUAUGGAAAAUAACCACUCGAAAGCUCGCUAGAGAUAUGGGAACAAAUCCAGCGACUGCGGAAACCUCCAGCCUAGCAUGCCAAGGUGAGGCUAACGGGCAAGCAGCAUAACUUUCUUCUUGCGGUAUCUAUCGCUCGGAGCUGCAGAGCCCGUCUCCUCUCUCGUCCCCACGGCUAAUACCUGAAGCAAGCUGGCGGCCCUCCGUGUAGAAGCCGAGGACAAGGAGCUGGGGCCAAUGGCCUGGGUUCUGAAGAUAGACGACGCCACCAUUGAGUCGGGGCUGGUUCAUGACUUCGAUGCUAGCCUGUCUGGCAUCGGUCAGGAGCUGGGAGCUGGAGCCUACAGCAUGAGUGAUGUGUUGGCUCUGCCGAUCUUCAAGCAGGAGGACUCCAGCCUCCCCCCCGAGAGCGAGACCAAAAACCUCCCAUUCCGGUAUGUGCUCUGCGCCGCCACCUCGCCCGCCGUCAAGCUGCACGAGGAGACGCUCACAUACCUGAACCAAGGCCAGUCUUAUGAGGUGCGGAUGUUGGACAACAGGAAGCCGGGGGAGUUGCCAGAGCUAAACAACAAGAUGGUGAAGAGCAUAGUCCGAGUUGUCUUUCACGACCGCCGCCUGCAGUACACAGAGCACCAGCAGCUGGAGGGCUGGAAGUGGAAUCGCCCUGGCGACCGCCUCCUUGACAUCGACAUCCCUAUGUCGGUGGGCAUUGUGGAGCCAAAGACUAACCCCUCCCAGCUUAACGCUGCAGAGUUUUUGUGGGACAUAAACAAAAGAGCUUCUGUUUUUGUGCAGGUGCACUGCAUCAGCACAGAGUUCACCCCCAGGAAGCACGGGGGCGAGAAGGGCGUCCCGUUUCGGAUCCAGAUCGACACGUUUGCCCAGGGAGAAUGUGGCGAGUACACUGAGCACCUUCACUCUGCGUCCUGCCAAAUCAAAGUCUUUAAGCCAAAGGGGGCGGACCGUAAACAGAAGACGGACCGGGAAAAGAUGGAGAGACGGAGCGCUCAAGAAAAGGAAAAGUACCAGCCUUCUUAUGAUACCACUGUCUUAUCAGAGACUAGGCUUGAACCCGUCGUUGAGGAAGCGGGCGACCACGAGCUGAAAAAGUCCAGCAAACGGACUCUUCCCGCUGACUGUGGCGACUCCUUGGCCAAGAGAGGCAGUUGCUCCCCGUGGCCCGACACCGCCUAUGCCAGCACCAACCAGGCAGCUACACCCACCUUUACCUCCACACCUUUGUCCACCUACACCGCCUCCUCAGUACUUGACAGCGACUCUUCUUCUCCCAAUCACCAGGCAGACCCUGGUAGCCUUGGCACCUCAGAGGUCAGAGAAGCUAAGCAGCUGAGCUCCACGGCCUCGAUACAGGAAACGCAGAAGUGGCUGCUGAAAAAUCGCUUCGACUCCUACACUCGGCUCUUCUCUCACUUCUCAGGUUCAGAUUUGUUAAAGCUAACCCGGGACGACCUGGUCCAGAUCUGUGGGCCAGCAGAUGGAAUCAGACUAUUCAAUGCACUCAAAUCCAGGUCAGUGCGUCCCAGGUUGACUGUGUACGUCUGCAGAGAGUCCCCUCAGCAGAGCCCCCUGCUGGAGAGACACUGCAGCAGUGAAAAUGGAGACGACGGCGUCUCCCCUCGUUUACACGUGUACCACGCUCUGUACUUAGAGGAACUCACAGCUGCAGAGCUCAUCAGGAAGAUGGCGUGUGUGUGCAGCAUUCCACUGGGAAAGAUCAACCAGGUCUACAGACAGGGUCCGACAGGCAUUCACAUCCUGCUGAGUGACCAGAUGGUUUACAACUUGCCUGACGAGAGCUGUUUUUUAAUCAGCACUGUUAAAGAUGAAUUGGGCGAUGGACUUCAUCUAAUCCUGAAGUAGUGAGGAGGACAGAUGGCAUCAGUAAUACUCCACCCUCUGUUUUGGAGCAGCCGCCUCCCUCUGGACCUCCCCGCCUGGCUCUCCUUUUUUUUUAUUGUUUUUUUUUUCCUUUCCCACCCUCCCUGUCUCUCUUAAUGAUCACUUGAUGGGAAGCACAGACUGCGCUGAAGCCAUGUAAAUGUUAGAAUCUGACAUGGGUGUGUCCGCUGUUUCAUAUUGAAAACAUUAUUACCGAAGGAGAGGAGUUAAAAAGAAGAGACUAGGGAGGAUAUUCAUUCAGGGGCGGGGCAAUGAAUUUUAUGUGUUUUCAACUUUUUCAUUUUGAUAUGAUUUAUGUGUGGAGGAUGGAGUGGAACGGCUCCAAAAGAAAAGCCGAGUUGGAGAAGAUGACUUUUGGUUGUUGCCCAUCCCCUUGCAAACACGCACAACCAGCACUAGGCCAGUAUUUAAAGAACCUGUAACGCUGAACAGCAUGUGGUCUCCUAAUAGCUUAUAAAAGACUUCCGCUUAUUAAAACAUUCUCGAUGGGACAAACCAUAACCCAUCAACUGAGUUGUAUCCAGGUGAAAUGAGUGGAAGUCAUUUUUGACCUUUUAAACCUUUUUUUGGUACAUUUUCCUUUCGUCUCAUCGUCAUCUGUGUUGUAGUCUUAGCCAGCCAUAUCUCUGAUUUUAAGAUUUCUGUUCUCCAUGCGCAUCCUGUUCAGUUAAUUAGCUAAUGAUGCUUUACUUGUCAAAAAGCUUCUUUUUUUUUGUUCCUGUUGCUCUUAUUGCAUUUACUUAUCUGUGGUGCCAUAUUGGCUUUUCUUUUUUUACUCACAUGUUUAGACAUACUUCUUUGACUCUUGUGCUUUGUUUGUAUCUUUAAGAACACUGGUUUAAUGAAGUAUGCUUCUGGGGUUUUGGCCAUAAAACAAACCUGAAGGAUGUCCGCCUGUCCAAAGUCCUGGAACAAAGUGGACCAAACAGGUUCCAGAACUGGAGAGAUUGGUUAUUAACAUUUAGGGAAGAAAGAAAAGAAAAAAAUCGGAUGAGUUGCCCGUGCUCAAAGCCUUUUAUUCCCAAAUCUACCUUGCAAUAAAACCGUUUUGAAUUCAUCCGCUUUGUUUCAGCAGUCAACGGCACGCUUUGAAGUCAGACUUCUGGGUUUGUCGCUGAAUGCAGGAGGGGUUUUAAUUUUCCCUUUAUAUCUGUAAAAACGACAGGAAAAUGACCUCACAUUGGGAGGCUGUGUUUGUUCAUUUGACCCAUCUGACAUUUUUGAGGUGCUUACAGUUUCCACCUUCAGGAAUGUGUGCAUGUGUAUCAUUUUUGUGUUUUUGCAAAGAUUUUUUUUUUUUUUUUUGUCAAGCUUUUCCUCCUUGGUAUGAAAAAGUCGUGUUUAGCUUGCUACUUAGUAGAGAGCAUGUUGAAAAUGGGGAGAACAGGGACAUAUAAAGUUGUUAGUGAGGGAUAUCUCCUCAUUGUUCUUUUUUUUUUCUUUUUCCAAACAAAGACCAAGCCUGCACUAAAGAAUUUCAAAGUUUUAGCUUCGAUGGAUAGUCCCACAGCCCCGAUAUUUACUUAGCAACCUAACCAGGACAACCUAUAAAAAAAUAAAAGAAAAAUGAGAAUGUCAAGACUUAAAAGCACCUGAUCCUGUCUCACCACCCAGCAGAGCCAGGACUGUAGCUCCUGUGGUGUUUACACUGACAUGAGAACCACAACAAAGCAAGAUGUUUUUCAGAAGAACAGUCGAGUCAGACCGCCUGGCUGGUCGUCUGCUAAAGGCCUAUGUAUAACCACAAGUCGGAAAGAUGACCACUGUUAUUGUAUUGUGUGAUGCUUCUCGUGCACAGUGUCAUGCUGGAGAUGUACACAACCACAUGCUGGGAAUAAAUAAUUUCAUAUUUUUUG